ACCGAGAUUUGUUCUUUUUGGGGAUAAAUAGUUGGUGGGUCCACUGCCACUUGGAAACCAAAUCCACUUCAUCAGCCACGUAGCAGACAACGUAUGACUAACCACACCAAAUCAUUUCUCUGACGCUCUCACUCACAUGCUGAUUGGAUAAUUGGUGCCGUUUCGGGGUUUGCCCUAUGAUGAUCAUCAUCAAAUCACAGACUGAUUGUUUCUUUCCCUGUAUUAAACCCACUAAACAGAAAUUUCAUUUCAAAACCCUAACAAUUAGUUCGUUGAAUUCCAAGUUAUUUCUUCACAUUCGAGUUUGCAAAAACAUUUUCCUGGGUUAAACAGGCCUCUUUCUCUACCAUUUCUCGCUUCAUCUGCUUGCCCGUUUCUUUUGAUAGUUUCUCGAUAAUGUAUACCCGCUGUUUGGUUCCCGAGAAAAUUUGUGGAAAAGCAAGUGCUAGCUAGUUUCAGCCAAAAAAAAAAUGUAAAAGAAUUUGAGUUUGCUAGCAACAUAUUUGAAAUUGAUGAUAUAAUGAAGUGCACAUUUCUUUCUCUAUUUUGCAAAUAUUAAGUUUUGAGCGCAGAAGAGAAUGUUGAUGUGUCAUGCAGAUGGUCUAUCAGAACUUCGGUCGUUAAAGGAUCAGCUACAUGCUGAUCCUGAAGAACUGGAAGAUGAUUUCCAGUUAGAUAGUUCUGAACAGAUUUUGUACACAGCUUCCUUUGAAGAACUUGUAAGAAGCAAUCUUCGGUAUGACACCAUUAUAUGGGUUUCUAUAUCGUUGUUGUUGGUUUUGGCGUGGGGUGUUGGCGUCAUCAUGUUGCUCUACCUGCCUAUUAGAAGAUACAUUCUUCAGAAAGAUAUUUCAUCACGCAAGCUGUAUGUUACACCUAGUGAAAUAGUUUACAAGGUUUUGAGGCCUUCUUUCAUGCCCUUUUGGGGCAUAAUAACAAUUGAGAAGCAUGUACCUCUUUCCAAGGUGAUUGAUAUUAUAAUUGAACAAGAUGCAGAUGGUUCCUUCAGAAGGAUUAUAUAUGUUUGUUUUACAGGCUGGUUGCAAUCAAAUUAUGGUAUCCAUACCUUUAGAACUGAAAGCAUAGCUCAUGGAAAAGCUGCACGUGUUGAUGAGCUACAGGUUCAAGGGGUUGCAAACCCUGCAAUUCUGAGAAAGGUCAUUGUAAGAGAAGCUGCAAAGGCUAUACAGGAUGUUGGUAAAUGUUGGAAACUUUCUACUGUCACUGGUGAACUGGAAACUAUGUCUCGAAUGACAUCACUGACAGGAGGGCAACCUAUCCUAAAAUCUCCAGCGAAAAGUUGGAAGAUGACAGCUUCACCACAUCAUUCUUCUGUGGAGCGUAGAACAGUGGUGCCUGGAGAGUUGUUUAUGCAAAAACUUGAUGAAGUCAAUAAAUCAGUAAAGGUUUGCACCAUCUCACUUCUCCUUAUUGUUCUGAUAAAAGAGUUGAAGGCAUACUUUGUUCCGAGAAUACGUAGUCAACCCAGAAAUGAAUUGCUGUUGCCCUUGAGAAAAUUGAGUUACUCAUGGAGAAAUCCCAAGCGUCCCCAGAAAGUAGUUGAGAUGCCAUGAUGCUGACAAGGGAGUAGAAAGUUUCAAUUAUGUGAAAUGCAGAGUUAAGCUUCAUAUGAUCAAACUUUCAGAGACUUCUUUUCUUUUCAGUAAAUAGAAAUAUUUACCUUUUUUCUUCUUGGUGUUCCGAAAAUAUACUUUGCUUUUUCUACAAGUUCAUUAAUUCAAUUGUUUUAACAAAGACAUUAAUUUUUGGCAUGUCAUAUUCUAAACAUAAUGAGCCUUACUCCUCAGAUUUCUAAAUUCUCAUGAAGUCAAAUGAUUGGGAAAUAGGGGUUUAAAAAUUCCACUGACCGACGGUCACCAGCCUGGGAUGAGAAUUUUUUUUUAAUUUUUUUUUUUUACCAAGGAGAUCGUAAUUUUGAGGAUAAAGAAAAUGAUAGGUCAUAACAAUAGAUCAUAACAAGACACACAAAGAUGUUGUAGUUGCUGACAGUUAUGUUAGAUUUAUUAGAUGUUAUUUUUUUAAAUAAUUAUAUAUUUAUGUCAUUUAUUAAAAGUAAUUAUAUGAAUAG